AUACCGUCCGAUCCUAAAUUUUAUCUCGCCAAUACCUUAUCGGGUCUAAAGAAGGAGCUUAUUAUUGGCUUUACAUCCCUCAAGAGAGAACUGUCCGAAGAGAAAAGACUUAGAUCCACGGCUUCAUCAACACCAAAAUUUAAGAAAAAAAGUAACGAGAAACAGGUUGAGGUGAGCACACAAGUCCCCCAUCACGUUCAGGCGGCCUCUUCAUUCCUUCUGUCUAUGACACCGCAAGCUGAAAAAGCCGUCGAAGAACUAAAAGAAGGGGAGAAAAAGCUCGCUCAUACGAACAAGCUUAUCUUGAUAGCCGAUUCCGCUGGAGAAGACUGGGGAGUAGUUGACGGAUACGAGCGCAGAGACCUCGCCGACGACGGCAAUGACGACAAACGCAUAAGAAAGGCCGAGGUAAGAGCGUAUCAGAAGCGCCGUCGCGCCCAAUCGCAGAGAAAAACAACCCUUACUUCCCAGAGGUCGUUUUAUCCAGCGCUUUCAUCCGUUAUGUGCAACAGCCCUGCGGUUGUCCAUUCUCCUAACCUUUUUCUCCAAACUCCAGCGCGUUUUUUGCCACAGCAUCACAGAAUACAUCCUCUACUAACUGGCCCAGAAGCUCGCCGCCCUGUGAGGAUCCUGUUUUGCCUGUAGAAGGUUUGGCCAUUUUCGAAGCCAGUGUCCUUUUCGUGGCGUUCAGCCCUCAGCUA